AUGCGGCCGUCAACUCGGUCUGCGAGACUCCUGUGCUGGGGUCAUACCCCUCGCACAAGGUUGUCAGCACAGCAGCGGCGUCAAUUUGCUGCUGUGGCGGAUUCUGUUCCUGCGUACGAUGUCAUAGUCAUCGGCGGCGGUCAUGCGGGCACAGAAGCCAGCGCUGCUGCUGCACGGUCAGGUGCGCGGACAGCACUCAUCACACCUUCCGUUUCGAACCUCGGAGUAUGCUCUUGCAACCCGAGCUUUGGCGGAAUAGGCAAAGGCACGAUGCUGCGCGAAGUCGACGCGCUCGAUGGCGUAGCAGGGCGCAUAAUAGACAAGGCUGGUAUUCAAUUCCGCAUCCUCAACAGAAAGAAAGGCCCUGCUGUAUGGGGUCCACGAGCCCAGAUCGAUCGAGAUCUCUACCAUAGAUAUAUGAAGGAGGAGAUACUGUCCACGCCCGGACUCAGUGUUGUCGAGGGGAAAGUCGCAGAUAUUGUCGUCUCAAAGGAAGACACCAGUGGCAUCUCACAGGGUCGUAUCACAGGCAUCAGAUUGGAAGGAGGACAAGUCAUCCCUACUUCCAAAGUCGUCAUAACGACUGGCACCUUUCUAGGCGGCGAGAUUCACAUUGGUCUCGAAGCAUAUCCUUCCGGCCGCAUGGGUGAAGCGGCCACGUUCGGCCUUAACAAGUCUUUACGCGAUGCUGGAUUUGAGCUGGGCAGACUCAAGACCGGCACGCCGCCACGUCUCGAUGCAGACACGAUCAACUGGAGCAUCUUGGAGGAACAACUCGGAGACUCGCCGCCUGCGCCAUUCUCUAACCUCAACGAAAGGGUGCAGAUACCUACCGAAGACCAAUUGUCAUGCUACAGCGCAUAUACGAAUAAUAGAAGCCACCAGAUCAUCCGGGAGAAUUUGGACAAAUCAAUACACAUCCGGGAGACUGUGCGUGGUCCACGCUACUGUCCCUCGCUUGAGUCUAAAGUUAUCCGCUUUGGACAUAAGGAGAAGCAUAUGAUCUGGCUUGAGCCAGAAGGUCUUGCGCCCAAUAAGGUCAUUUAUCCCAACGGCGUUAGCAUGACUAUCCCAGCGGACGCACAGUAUGCUUUGAUGCGAACGGUAGCAGGCCUCGAGAAUGUGAAAAUGCUCCAGCCCGGAUAUGGCGUUGAAUACGACUACAUCGAUCCCAGAAAUUUGUUGCCCACACUGGAGACGAAGCUCAUCGAUGGAUUAUACCUGGCUGGCCAGAUCAAUGGCACUACUGGCUACGAAGAAGCCGCAUCUCAGGGCAUCAUCGCCGGCAUCAACGCUGGGCGUGCUGCACUGGGCUUGUCACCGUUCACCCUCAGCCGAAGCGAGGCAUUCAUCGGCAUUCUAAUAGAUGACCUCAUCACCAAAGGCGUGUCAGAGCCUUAUCGCAUGUUUACUACGCGAAGCGAGUUCCGUAUGAGCUGUCGGUCCGAUAACGCAGAUUCACGGCUCACGGCGAAGGCAUACGAGGCUGGAGUGGUCAGCCCCACACGUUGGUCGCGGUACCAGAAAGAUGAGGCUGAGAUGGCAGACUUACAGACGCAACUCUCCAACAACAUCAUGUCGAGCCCUCGCUGGAGCGCUGCAGGCUUCAGUGUACGGACUGACGCUAAUAUGCGAUCCGCACUGGACCUCCUGCGUCUUGCAGACAUGACUAUCGACAAGAUGGCCGAAAAGAUGCCAGACCGAUUUGGCCCACUCAUCACCAAUUUCAGUCCAGGUAUACGGCGCAGAGUCGAGAUAGAAAGCCUGUAUGCGCCAUACGUGGUGAUGCAGGCGAAAGCCGCAGCAGCGUUCGAGAGGGAUGAAGCACUGCAGUUGCCUUUAGACGUGGACUAUGACGACGUUUUUGGCCUGAGUAUGGGCGAGAAAGAGGCACUGAAACUAGUUCGUCCACAGAGUAUCGGCAUGGCGCGGAGAAUUGAGGGCGUCACGCCGGCUGGUGCCUUGAGGCUGUUGAAGUACGUCCACGGCACCAACAAGCAAAGACGAGCAGGUGCACUUGUGGAGGAGAUGGAGGACGCUCCUCAACUUGAUGAUCAUGCUAUCCGGCGGCAACGAGCUCACGACGCAAUCGUUGCCACGCCAUGA